AUUCGCUUUUGCCGAUAUUGAUUUGAAAGCUUGAUUACGUUUAACUGGCUGGGAUUUUUUUAUUUCCUUUUUUCUCCAUGUCUGAAAAUAAACAAACUGUGAUUCCUUUUGAAGAGUACAAGCUCCCUCCUGUAGCCCAUGCCGUCUCGGGGGCGGUAGGAUCCACCAUUGCGAACCUCUUCAUUUACCCUUUGGAUAUAGCAACCACUCGUCUGCAACUGGAAACCUCCAAGACGCAGUCCGUCAAGCAGCACCACAAGGGAUUAUUAUCAACCUUGUGUUCGAUUUAUCAAAAGGAAGGCGGGAUCAAAGGGUUGUACGCUGGUCUAGGUGCGGAUACAUUGGCCACGGUGUUGUCAAGCUUCAUAUACUUUUAUUGUUAUUCCAUGUUACGAAAUGUGCAAGAAAAGAUGAAUAGUUCUUUGGGAAAAGCAGCACAAUUGAACGUCGCGCAAGAGUUAUUCUUGGGCGCCGAAGCGGCCCUGAUCUCACGCUUGUUCACUACGCCAGUGUCGAAUAUUAGCACUCGGUUACAAACCACGGCCAACAAACGCUUGGGUUUCAUGGAUAUGGUCAAAGACAUCUUCAAGGAGAAGGGUAUAUCGGGAUUUUGGACAGGCUAUCGUGCUUCCAUGGUUCUGGUCGUCAAUCCUUCCAUUACCUAUUUUGCAUUUGAAAAACUGAGAAGCUUUUACCUUCGCAUGUAUAAACGAUCCAGUCUUUCGUCGUUGGAAGUAUUUUUAUUUUCCGCUUUGGCGAAAACCGUGGCUACCAUGGUGACCUAUCCUUUCAUUCUCCUACGCACAACGAUGGUGGCCAAUACUUCGAAAUCAGAUAAGAAACAUGACUCGUCUUCCCCCUCAAAGAGCAUGUUCAGUAUCAUGAAGCAGGUGGUGCGAACCGAUGGCCUAAGCGGGCUCUACAGGGGCAUGCAAGCACAGAUCAUCAAAGGAUUCUUCAAUCAAGGAAUCAUGUACAUGAUCAAAGACUAUGUGGGUGCUUAUCUUGCCAUUAUUUUCUACGCAUCCUACAAAUUGCGUAUGAACCGUCGUCUCGCUUCGGCUUGAGCAAUGUAACAUAGGAAGGGACAUUGUUUUUUGUAUAUAGUGGUUUUUCUUCUCGAAUAUAUUUAAUAACUUGUACAGCAUCCUCUAUUUAGUCGCGUGUGGGUUUGCUGGAUAUCGCGUUAUCUGUCACACAUUGUCAUGAUGCCGUUUUUCGUGCGCCAUACGUAGCAAAUGAUUUCAGAUGGACCCGAGUUCAAUCAUGGGGAAAAGGCUUCAG